AUGGCUAUGCCACUCCGAUUAAGGCCCGCCGGCCUCACACGCAAAUUCCUCUCCCGACCGUCUACCUCUACAGCCGCCAGUCGGUGCUGCGCGCCUACCUCCCGGUCUUACGCUACCUCCGAGCGACUCCCGAAGAUUGCAGAUAGCUCAGUAUGGACGGCGAUGGUGCCGCGGUUCAUUCGGACUCGCAGGUCGCGCAAGACAGGCGAAACGAAAGAAUGGAAUCCGGCAACUUUCUACAUCGUCAUGUUCACCCUGAUCGGCUCGCAGGCGAUCCGGUUGCUUACACUGAAGAACGGUUAUGCUUCAUACAGCCGGUCUGCAGAUGCGAAGAUCGAGCUGUUGAAGGAGGUCAUUGAGCGCGUUCAGAAAGGGGAAAAGGUUGAUGUAGAGAAGAUUUUGGGAACUGGGGAUGAGGCGCAGGAGCUGGAGUGGGAAGAUGUUCUACGACAGAUCGAGCAAGAGGAUGCACAGUGGCACUCUAAGCAAAAAGCUGAGAAAGAAUCAAAGCAGUCUGCGCGGGAGCCGGAAAAGAAGGAGUCGGCUGUUCCUGACACGGCGGGUGCAGACGGCGACGGUAAGAAAAAGACGCAGCCGACACGGAAGAUGAAUUUCUUCUGA